AAAAAAAAAUACAGACACAUGGGAGGAAGCUGCAUCCGAGUGGAGGCUAAUGCAUAGCCACAAAGGGCUUCUUAUCCCAAGCAUAUCCCAGCUCCCGCCACUCUCUCCUAUGUGUCCUGCUCCCUCCAAGACUGUGAGUGCAGAGGGGUGCUCUUAUGGCUAGACAGAAACGGAAAGAAGACAUUGAAAAGGGCUUGCAGUUCAUUCAAUCCACAAUACCUUUUCAUGGAAGUCAAGAUGAUUACGAGGCCUUCUUACAGCAGCUGGUCCGAAACCUAUUUGCAGAAGGCAAUGAACUGUAUCGAGAAGGUAAUAUUAAGCUGGCAUUGGCACAGUACACAGAAGGACUGACUGUUGCCGAAUAUACAGCCUCCGAGGAGCUAAACAUUCCCCAGGAACUACAGUGCAAGCUGUAUGUGAACCGAUCCUGCUGCUAUUACUCAAUGGGUCUGUUUGAGAAGUCACUGGAAGAUAGUGAGACUGCACUGAGCUUAGACAAAGAGAGCAAGAGAGCGUUGUACCGCAAAGCCAAAGCACUCAGCGAGAUCGGGAGGCAGCAGGAGGCGUAUAGUUGUAUCAGCCAUAGUCUGCUAGCACUUGUGCAGGACGAACGUGUGACACAGCUGGCACAAGAUCUUGUGCAGAAAUUAGGAUUAAAACAACGAAAGGCAUACAAGAGGCCGCAGCAAGAACUCGAAACAUUUGGCUUAAUCAGCAAUGGUUUACCAGUUGGGGGUCAGUCUUCCCCGAAUAACCUGGAAUCUGUAGAUGAUAUUUAUACAGAUUUGUCGUUGGAUUUAAAGCAAUCUCCAUCCUUUCUGGGGAAUGACUGUAACAGUAAAGGGUUCGAUUUUGCUGCAUCUUCGCCUGCCGCAGAUUUUCCAGCCUCUACUCUCAAUGACUGUGAGGUUAUCGGAGAUGAUGUGGACUCUCUAUUGGACUCUGAACUGUUCCAACAGCAGACUUCGGCCCUCUCCAGCCAGAUACCUCAGUUAAUACCAGUGUUUCCGGCUGGGACUCCCUUACUCCCCAGCCUAGGUGUUACUGUACAACCUGCUCCUUCGCCAUUGCCCCCGGCUUCUUUUGAUUUGUUGGACUCCAGAAAGUUGACAGCACUCCCUCUGAAGUCUGCCUACCAAACAAAUCUCCUAAUGAUUGCAGAGCCGCGUCUAGACACAUUAGACAGCUUUGAAAGGAGCAGAGAAACCCUUGAUUGUCUGGAUACUUUCCAAAAUGACCCCAAAGUUUUGGAAUCAUCAUUAUCGAAAGGAUGCAAGAAUAACAAGCACGGCGUGACCACGUUUAAUAACUUGUCUCAUAUGGUAGACCCUGUGGUGCACACGGGCAGUGUCUCCCCUACUGUGCCAAACAACCCGUUGGCUCAAACCUAUGACUUCAAACAGGCAUGUCAGCAGUGCUACGUGAAGACAGGCCCCAAGGCUUUAGAUUAUAUGCACAAGGAAAAAUAUGAACACAAAUGUAAAAAGGACCUGCUGCUGGCCCGCAUGAAGAGCUCCGAAAAUAAGACCUGGCUCCGGAUUCGCCCAAGGCCAAUGAAAGUUAACUUUUUAGGUCCUUACAUUUUGUGCAAAGAUAUUCAGAGCCGGCAGGACUGUAAAUACGGGGACAGUUGCACCUUUGCCUAUUACCAGGAAGAGAUAGACGUGUGGAACGAGGAGAAAAAAGGAACUCUGCAGCGCAGUCAGCUUUUCCAGGGACUUGGAGGAGCAAAGUUAGGCAGUGUGGCCCGUUUGCUGCAGGAGCAGAAAGGCGCUUUCAUCUUUUUGUGCCUGGCUUGUUUUGACAGCAAACCACAAAUCAUCAGUAAGAGAAGUAUUGAGAAACCAGAUUUCUGCACAAACCCGGACACCCAGCACCGCUUCUCAGACCACAAGUGUCUGGUUCAUGUGCUGAACCUGAGUACUGUAAGGUACUCCAAGAUUCGGCAGCUGCAGCCGCGCUUCCAGAUGGAGAUGUGUAGACAUGAUCAGCAGAGCGGCUGUACCCAAGAAGACGCCUGCAAUUUUGCACACAGCCAUAUUGAACUAUGUGUCUGGAAGUUGCAGCGGCAAUAUGGAAUGUCACAUGAUGCCAUUGUGCAAGAAUCUGAGCAAAUCUACAAAGUGUCUGAACCCAAAGCCAAGCCCCUAGAUAUGAAGAUGAAGUUUGUCUGUGGGCAGUGCUUGCGGAAUGGCCGAGAAGUUGAAGCUGAUCGAGAUGGCAAAUACUGCACAGCAAAAGCCAGGCACAGCUGGUCAAAAGACAAAAGAGUCCUGCUUGUUAUGUCAAAGUCCAAGAAAAAGUGGAUGCCUGUCCGACCCCUGCCAUCUGUUCGCUUGUUUCCGCAGCAGUAUGACAUUUGUGUUCAUGUUCAGAAUGGAAGAAAAUGCCAUUAUAUUGGGAACUGCACCUUUGCACACAGCACAGAAGAGAAGGAUAUGUGGACGUUUAUGAAGGAGAAUAAGGUCUUGGAUCUUCAGCUGCUUUUUGAGUUAAGUGCAAAGAAUAAUGGCUCAGCAGACAAAGCUGUGGCAGGAGCACCCAUUCCUCAGAAGGAAGCAGAGAAGCAGAUCCUGAUGCCCACAGAUUAUGCAGAUGAUAUGACUAGUUUCCAUUGCUAUCUGUGUGGAAAGACCAGCAAUAGUGAAAAGCAGUGGCAGAAGCAUAUCCAGUCGGAUAAACAUAAAGAGAAACUAGCUACUGUGGAAAAAGAUGAAAGCACUUAGAAUUUCUGAUUUCUCCCUGGAGAAUUCCAACUUUGUGAAAGAGACCCAAAGAUAUUACAGUAAGGCCAGCUUCCCAUUUGCUAACUGAAAGAACGCCUGGAGCAGAGGGUUUCCAAAGCAUGUAAAGACAUGCUCCUGGAACAAAGUAGCUGUGACUUUGGCAAAUGCACCUUCCGACUUACAGAUGUUGAAGAAUGGAGAACAGAGGCAGCGGGAAUCGGCACCAGUAAAAAAAUAAAAUGACAAAAACCAUUGUAAUCCUUCUCUAGGGGCCCCUGCUGAACAUCAGCCUUACAAAUGCCCCUGCUUCACAACAAAGAUCUAUAGUUUUAAGUCUCUGAUCUUGCUUUUUUUCUUUCUUUCUUUCCAAUCCACAGUAUUGAGACCAUUGUUUUGUACCAGUGCAGUUUGUCAUUAUUAGGGUUGGUUCCUGAAUUAACGUGCAUACAUGUGUGUUAGAACUUUGGUCUAAACAUCAGAGCAAUUUAGGAGUUGCCACUUGGUAGUAGUGGGAGAAUUGUGUAACUUAAAGAGUCCGUAAAAAAAGAAAAUAUUAAUAAUAAAUGGUAGUGGUUUCGAUGUAUUGGUAAAAGUUGAGAUAUAACAGGUUUUCUUUUAUUGCUUCACGAAGCCCUACAUUUUAGAGGAGAACAUGUAACUGAGGUAAUCUACGCUAUUAUUUGCUUCCUUUCAUUAGUGUGUUAUUUCCAAAUGAGAUCUAGAAUUACAAUCAUGGUUAUUGGCUAGAAAGUUCACAGAUAAACAAAAUAUAUGCAUUUUAUAGAAGCAGUCCUACAACAUCUAAAUACCUAUUUUGUUUAUGCUAAAUGUGAUAUUUUGUUUAAGAUGAAAUUAUUUUGAAGUAUUGCCAUUUCUAUAUAUAUCAUUUAACACAUUUGAAGAAGAAAAAAUACACACACACACUGCUAUUAUUCAUAAAUUCCCAUAGAAUGAUGUGAAACUGUCUAAUGCGGCUGUUAAAUAGCCACAUGGUUUACAAAUUCCAGUCUGUUAACAUCCUCGUUUAAUAACCUGUGUCUUGAGUCUUCUAUUGAACUUGCAUAGUGUUUGUAGCCUAGGAAAAAUGGCGUCCAACGUCCCUAUCUUUAAAGCAACACAAGUAGUAUUCUGGUAUUGUUCUUAUGAGUCUAUGCAUGUGCUGUGGAAUCAGGGGCUUUACUCAUCCAAGAACUGAACUGUUCUCUGAAAACCCAUCACACGAGCGGAUCUAGUUCUUGUUAAGUAAAAACUCAAUUUAAGCCUGCUGUAAUCUCAUGUCUGAAUUUAUUGUGUUAAUUUUUAAGAAGAGAUUCCAUAAUCGAUUUUUCACAAUUCUUUCUUGGAUUUUUUCCCCUCUAUUGUGUAUUGUACUAAAAUUUAAAGCAGUAUUUGAAAAUAUUACACUUCACAAUAAGUCAACAUGUUACAUAUAUAAUGAAACUAUUUGAAGCAUACAAAAUACACCAGAAUGAAUUUUCAUUAAAUAUUUUCUUCAUUUGAUCAGCAGGAAUAA